AUGAAACUGCAGCUCAGAGUGGCUCAGUGGUUUGCCCAAGAUCUUACAAUUAGUAAAUGGCAGAGCCAAGACUUCAACACUGGCAUUUGCCCUACAAACCCUGUGCACAUUGCUUUCUACUACCUUCUCCAUCAACCUGCCGUCCUGGAGACAUCCAGCUCCUUCAGCACAUUUGUCUUACAUUCUUCCCUUUGCAGAUCCCUAGCUGAGCAUACACAAGACGAUGUGGACAAGACAGUAAGUUCCUGGAGGAGCUUGGAGACUUACAACUAUAACAAAUACCACCCCAUUGAGGAGAUCUAUCAGUGGAUGAGCCAGAUAAGUGAGAAGUACAAGGAUGUGGUGACACAGCAUUUCCUAGGAAUGACCUAUGAGACCCGACCCAUGAAUUAUUUGAAGAUCAGCCAACCAUCAAAUAAUCCCAAGAAGAUCAUUUGGAUGGACUGUGGAAUUCAUGCCAGGGAGUGGAUUGCCCCAGCUUUUUGCCAAUGGUUUGUAAAAGAAAUUCUACAAAACUACACGGACAACUCAAGGAUAAGAACACUCCUUAGUCACCUGGACUUCUAUAUUCUUCCAGUUCUUAACGUAGACGGUUAUAUCUACACUUGGACCACUAACCGCCUUUGGAGGAAAUCCCGGUCAUCCCAUAAUAAUGGCACAUGCUUUGGGACGGAUCUCAAUCGAAAUUUCAAUGUAUCUUGGUGUAGUAUUGGUGCAUCUAAAGACUGCCAAGAUAUAACAUUCUGUGGGACAGGACCUGUGUCUGAACCAGAGACUAAAGCUGUCACUAGCUUUAUAGAAAGCGAGAAGGAGAACAUUCUGUGCUUCUUUACCAUGCACUCCUAUGGGCAGCUUAUUCUUGCUCCUUACGGCUACACCAAAAACAAAUCAAGUAACCAUGAAGAACUGAUUGAAGUUGGAGAGAAGGCAGCAAAUGCAUUGAAAGCAAAGCAUGGAAUGACUUAUAGAGUUGGCUCAAGUGCAGAUAUUUUAUACUCUACAUCAGGGUCUUCGAGAGACUGGGCUCGGGACAUUGGGAUCCCCUUCUCAUACACGUUUGAGCUGAGAGACACUGGUACACAUGGAUUUAUUCUGCCAGAAGAUCAGAUUCAACCCACAUGUGAAGAGACCAUGGAGGCUGUGCUGUCUGUGCUGGAUGAUGUAUAUAAUAAAUACUGGUCCUCAAACUGUGCCGGGAAGGUCACUUCUACCACCAUGGCGCUGAGCCUGCUAAUGUUCUUCAUUUUUCUACUCUAAGUGCAUCCUACCCAGGCAUGUUGAACCCCAGUGACAUGGGUGUGAUUUUAAAGAAAGUGUUUGUCUGUGGUUGUACAGGAAUCAAAUAAUUUAACCAAAAAUAGUUUCUAUUUCAAUAAAGAAUAAUCGUGUUUGUACUUUAAUUUGUUUUGCUGGAAAUUAAUUUGUAUUACUUUAAAAGAGUAUUAUAUUAGUUACCUAAUGCUACAAAAAUGUUACAA